AUGCCAGGAACCCCAACCCCCAGCCCUGGAAUAUCUCUUAACCACUUACUGAAACACCUUGCUAAAGCACCAUCUGAAGCCAGCAGUGUCCCCCAGGUGAAAAUCCAAGUCAAAUGUCUAAUUUUCUCCCAACAGAAAAUUUUUAAAGCUGGAGAUACUAACCAGGAUGGGCAGCUAGAUUUCGAAGAAUUUAUGCAGUAUCUUAAAGAUCACGAGAAAAAAAUGAAACUAGCAUUCAAGAGCCUGGACAAAAACAAUGAUGGAAAAAUUGAAGCAUCAGAAGUUGUCCAGUCCCUCAAGAUACUGGGUAUAAACAUUUCUGAAAACCAGGCAGAAAAGAUUCUGCAAAGUAUUGAUGCUGAUGGGACAAUGACAGUAGACUGGAAUGAAUGGAGAGAUCAUUUUAUGUUUAAUCCAGCUACAGAUAUUGAAGAAAUAAUUCGAUACUGGAAACAUUCCACUGUGUUGGAUAUAGGAGAUAGUUUGACUAUUCCAGAUGAAUUCACAGAAGAAGAGAAAAAGACUGGACAGUGGUGGAAACAGCUGCUGGCAGGAGGAGUGGCUGGUGCUGUCUCUCGAACAGGUACAGCACCAUUAGAUCGUCUUAAAGUGAUGAUGCAGGUUCAUGGUUCAAAAUCAAAGAAAAUGAGUAUAGCCAGUGGUUUUAAACAGAUGGUGAAAGAAGGUGGUGUCCGAUCUCUUUGGAGGGGAAAUGGUGUAAAUGUUGUGAAAAUAGCUCCUGAAACAGCUAUUAAGUUCUGGGCUUAUGAACAGUAUAAAAAGAUACUGAGUAAGGAUGAUGGAAAGUUAGGCACCAUUGAAAGAUUUAUAUCUGGUUCUUUGGCUGGGGCAACAGCACAAACCUCUAUUUAUCCUAUGGAGGUUUUAAAGACCAGAUUGGCUGUGGGUAAAACAGGGCAAUAUUCUGGGAUGUUUGACUGUGCUAAGAAGAUUUUAAAAAGAGAAGGUGUAAAGGCCUUCUACAAAGGUUAUAUUCCUAAUAUUCUGGGGAUAAUUCCUUAUGCUGGCAUUGACCUUGCUGUUUAUGAGCUCUUAAAGACUACAUGGCUAGAACACUAUGCAUCAAGCUCUGCUAACCCAGGUGUUUUUGUGUUGUUGGGAUGUGGUACUAUUUCCAGCACGUGUGGGCAGUUAGCCAGCUACCCUCUUGCUCUUGUCAGAACGCGCAUGCAGGCUCAAGCCUCAGUGGAAGGUGCUCCACAGCUAAACAUGGUUGCUCUCUUUCAAAGAAUUAUUGCUACAGAAGGAGUACGAGGACUUUAUAGGGGCAUAGCCCCUAAUUUUAUGAAGGUGCUUCCAGCUGUCAGCAUCAGCUAUGUUGUGUAUGAAAAAAUGAAGCAGAAUUUGGGAAUUGCAUGAAGUGAAGCAAAAAGGUGAGAUGUUUCUAAUAUUGUUGGAAACACCAGAACAGAAACGAUUUCUCAAGUAAUCUGUUCUCACAGUUAGAGACAGAUUUCUGUGGAGAGGUCUGCAACUUCUAUUUUUGCCCUCAAGUUGGAAGAAACUUCCUUAAUUUCUAACUCACGAUUUUUUUAACAGAUACCUAUAUUGCACUUUAAAAUGUCACUGAAUUUAAAAAAAAAAAUCAAGAAACUAUGUCUUUCAAUCAACAAUAUGUUCAUUUUUUCAGGAAAUCAUGCAUAUUUUACUCAUUGGCUUUUUCUUGUAUUUGUCUUCCUGUGUAUUUGGAUUAGACGAAACCAAAGGUAGGAGAAGUCUAUACUGCCUUGACACUGAAUAAACAAAAGUGACUUUUUAUAUUGUGACACCGCCUACACUCAAGCACAGACAACAUUUUGCACUUCUAGAAGUAAGCACUUAGUACUGUUUUUUCUUUUUUGAAGACGUAAAUGAUGUUUUUUCAGAACUUAGGUUUGGGUACAAACAAGGAUGGACUAACACAUUAAAAUGCACGCAAACAUCUUUAUAUCCAGACUGACCUGUCUUGUGUUUAAACCAAUGAGAAUCUGAGAAACUGCUGUUCCAUGAUGUUGGAAUACCUCAAAUGAUUUUACACAGUAUUUUUGUGAUACAAUCGGUGAUUUUAAUAACUUGCUCCCCUGGAUCCACUUUUUAUUGCAUUUGUAAAUGUUUGCACCAUUAACCGCAACAAGCUUGGGCUUACAGAUGCGCAUUUUAUAGGAUCAUAAUAUCUAGAAGUAGAAAAAGUUACUGGGUUACUGGAUCCAUUCCAUACAAGUACAAGCUACUACUUAAAAAAACGAGGGUGAGGGAUCCUUAUUACGCUGAUAACGAAUUAGGUGUUGGCUGUGCUACGAGGAGUACACCAAGUUUGUCAAGAACUUGGAGCUCAUCCUAGCUGCCUUGUGGGGAGAGGAAUGCUUCUCUCGUUUUGGACACUCCAUUUUUUUCCUACUCAAAGGGUUAAAAUCAAGUACAUGCUUUUAGUUAAUAGUGGAUUGCAUCAUUAUGUAAAAGUUUUACCAGUUUAUAACAUGAGGUGUAGCUUCUUUCCCUCACAGUCCUCUAGACUGUGCAUGCUGGCUGUUUGUGUGAAAUUGGGAUCAUAAAAUAUCAAAGCAUUUUGUCUGAGUGACCAAGUGGAACUGUUGAGCCACUCACGUGCCCACUGGGUUCACGUUGUUAACGAAGCAAACAAAGCACAUACAGAGAACUUUAGUACUUGAGAAACAGUUACUUGCCCAAAAACAAAGAAGCACUUCCUCAGUACAGAGAGUAGGUAUUUCCAUGUAUAAUCAUUUCCAAAGUGUCUUCCUCCUUUGUUUUGGCACGUUUCAGAUGCCUUCAGACCUGAAUCCUGAGACAGAGUAAUAGCUGUUGCAGAAUUCAUUUGUUCUGCUUUCUGCAGAGCCAUUCAGAACCGUAUGGUGUCUUAAUUCUGAAUUUGCAGAGGUUACUCUUAUCUUGACCUUCUAAAAGCCACUUCUGUUAGACUACUUCCUGAAAUUGGGUUAGUGCAGGAAGAACUUUGUUCUCAUGCUAAAUUUAUGUAAAGUCUUUGAGGGCCGUUGAGGGGAGGGCAACGAUGAUGAACAAACUCCAGAGGUUUGCCUCGUUCCAAAUACAGAAGACUUUGAGCCAUGUUCUUCAAAUAGUCAGAUUAGCAAAUCUGUGUUCAGUGCUUCUGUGGUUGCAGUUUAUUCUCUGUAAAUUGAUAUAUAACAAUUCUGAAUAAUCUGUAUUAUAAAAUGUUGUGUCAUCUGAUUUUAUAAAGUAGCAGCUUUAGCUGCGUCUUUUGGGAAACCUUGGACUUUGCACUUUGUUUGAAAAGCAAAAAGUCAUCCUAUCCAAAUUAUCUUGCAUGCAUAUGAAGCCUUUCUGAUCCAAAUGUCUCUUUUUUUUUUUUUUUUUCCCCCUCCCAACAUCCCUGUAUCUGUGUGGGAUCUGUGCGUUCUGUUUCCCAGUCCUUUUGUUUGACUGUGACUAAUAAGCAAAUGUGUGUGAUACAGUGAUGACUGAAGCAGCAUCUAUCUUCUAGGCCUGGUUCCUUUGGUUUAUAUUGUAUAAGUGCCAUUAUGAGUAUUGAAAAUUAUGGUGAUGAUGUUUUCAGAUCUUGAAAAGCUGGAGCCGUUCAAAUUUAAUUUUUCAUUAUGUGCCUUUACAGUGACUGUGUGUUCAAAUUGUAUAUUCUUCCUCUCUCUGUUAAGAAACAUAUGUUUACUUUUUUAGCUCUAUAAAACUACAAGUUUCUAAUAAAUGUUUGUUUCCUAAUCUGG